AUGCCACACCUACAAGCCGGGAACGAUGCUGCUGAUGGGGGCUCAGUUGUCUCUGUGGAUAAAACACCACGAAGAGUAUCUGAGACACUUCCGAUAAUGGCAGCUACCAAGAAACAAUCAAUGGAAAUCAAGGGAGAUUCUUAUGAUUCAGACGAUGCGGUCCAAACAUCAUCAUCAGCGUCAAGUUCGAAACAAGAGGUGAUCACACCAUCGCCAAGUGGAGCAUCUGCUGCUCCCAAUUCUCCCAAGCCAACCAAGGGGCCGUUUCUCUCUAUCUAUGGAAGUACACGCCUCUUUUCUUCACCAAUCCGUGUCAACAACAAGAAGCGUACUCUAGCUGCUACUGACGAGAGCACGGAUGGGUCUGCUGACGAAGAAUCUUCCGCUAGUAGUCAAGAAGAAGAAGUCAAGACCUCUCCAUCCACUGCCCAAAGCCCUUCCUUUGAGAAGACCAAUAAGCCGGAAAAGACUCUGGAGGAUGACUCAAGUGUGCCCUCGACGAAGAAGGCAAGAAUUGAAAGCAGUCCUGAGCCUACCACCACCAAGUCACAAGAUCAAGGAAGUGUUCGCAAGCCAAUUAUCUCUCCUACUUCUUCGAACGAGAACAAGGAGGACGAUGAGAGUACAAGCCAAUUCUCACAUGGAUCGGCACAGCCAUACUAUGGAAGGCAAGCAUUCCAACAUCGCUAUCCACACCAGUACCCUCCUCCUCCGCACCAUUCUCCUUAUGCCCCUCAUCAUCAUCCCUAUGGAGGACACGGCGCCGGCUACCAUCAAUAUCCACCACCAGUAGGAUACAAUAUGUAUGCUGCUCCUGGAAUGUACCCUCCACGCCAUCCACAAGCACCACAAGUUGGACACCACUAUGGUGCGCCACCACCAAACAUGUACUAUCCUGGUCCUCCUCCUCCUCAAUACCACCACCAUCAUCCCCAUUACCCUCCCCGUCAUCUCAUGAUGUCUCCUGUACGAGUGGCGCAAAGGGAGUUUCCCAUGAGACGUGCCGAAAGCGUCCCUGUCAGUGAUGCCAGUGCUAGCCAAGCAUCCUCCAAAUCAUCACUGGCUCCAUCGCCAAGUCCAAGUACUGAGAGCAGCAAAGAGGCUGCUGCCAUGAUGGCCAACAACGAUGCAAGGCCUCCGAAUACCAAACGAUGUAUUGCAUUGAAGGAGCCACUUCCAGCCAAGCAUUGGGGUCCAUCUGAUACCACCAAGGAUAUCAAGCUUCCCGAGUUUCAUCGAAUUGUAAACUAUCCCGAUUACUUGUCUAAAACGCGUGGUGCCAAUGCCGAAUCGCCCUGCAGCACUGCAGAUGGCAAGAAGCACUGCGUCAUGUGUGGUGAACAACGAUACUGCUCUGCGUCCAGCUUGAGCAAGGGCCGCAUUAAUAGCGGCAAGAACAACAACAACAACAAGGACGAAACAUCAUCAACCACUUCGGCAACCGAAACCGAUCACAUUAUUCCUCGCCAAAACAAGGGACUCUGCACGGCCUGUGAUGUUACCGUCUGGGUCAUGACGGACAGUGGCUUGGAAAUCAAGUGGUGCAAGGGCUGCAAGAACUAUCGUCCUUGGGCGGCCUUUGGGGAGAAGGGAUCCGCCACCAAGUGCACGAAAUGCCGGGAACGUCAAAAGGAAAAGUAUGCCUUGUCAAAGGAUGCUGCCACUUCCAAACAGCAACAACAACAACAACAAGAGAAGCAACAACAACAAAAGUGGGAAACAACAGUGGAAGAAAAGCAUUUGGAAGCUGCCAAUGGAUUGCGCAGCUUGAUCCAUGCUGUGGCUAAGCAAUAA